ACCAAAGCCAAUCACCAAUCACCAAAGCCAAGCCAAAGGGGGCAAAAGGCAAAUCAAAGAGAGAGAGGAUUGAGAUUGAACAUUGAACAUUGAACAUCGAACAUUUGCAAGCUUCCUUACCUUUCUGUCCCAUUACCCAUACAACAUUCGGCAUCGUUUCAUAGGUGAAAUGAAGAGGCGAGUAGGUGGGACGAUGAGGAACAAGGAGGAGUCAGCAAUGACUCGUGCGGUGAAUGCUGUCUUCGAUUUCGUCAGAUUCGCUGAGUUUGAGAUCCUCUUCUUUCUUUUCUUCUUCAUCGCUUUUCUCCUCUUCAAAGAUCUUACAUCAAGACCAGAAUACAAUCAGAUUCUUGUAAAGAAGCCUGAGGGAGGUGGUUUCUGGCCAAACUAGAUGAAGAUCUUUUGACACGACGAACAUCUUUCAUAUCUCACGCGAGAGAAAAUUGCUUAGGCAAGUGGUGUUUAAACAUCUUUCAUAUCUGUGUCAAUUAAGAAAACUGUGUUGUCAACUCUUGUAAUUUCACGGUUCCUACUUCCUAUUGUUGCUGAUAUGUGUUUUUAUAUGUAUUUAUACGGAAUCCAUGUGAGACAAUUGUCUGUCUAAUCUGUUGAUAGGGCUUGCAAAGAUUAUUUCAAAAGAAAUUAACAUUGAGGAACCGUUUCAAUAA